UUUUCAUAAAGUGUGUGUUCCUGUGCGUUAGGAGAUGAACGUAUGAACACAAAAUGGACACAUCUACCUGGUUGGCACUGAUGGCCACAUUUUACGUCUUGCAUGAUCAAGGCAUAACUAAGAUUAUGUGGAACAGAGCCUAUGACUAUUUGAUGUCAGACGAUGAGCAUCCUACCACGAGUGAAAUAGCCGGACACAUUUCCGAUGUGAAUAAAGAAAGCGCAUCGAACAUAUGUGAUUCGACGGGAGACCCGGCGACAUAUGUACAAACACAGACGGCUUUUGACAGAAAUCCUGAACUCUUGGCUGAAAUCCAAAGAAGUUGGCAAGAAUUACUCGAUGAGAAUGGAGCAGACCAAAGUAAUACAAAUGGUCAAACCGAAAAGCUUAGUGCUAGAGAUAUUACAGAAGCAAAAAAAACAGGAAACCUUGACAGAUGGGCAGAGGUUGAAAACCGCCUUGGAGAUAUUAGAAAAGGAUCAACCAACGUCCAAGCUAGUGUUGGCAUUCAAGGCGGAAAUAAUAAAGGAGGAGUGACGAAAGAGCCACAAGUUGCCAAACCAGAAGACUUAUCAAAUGCUGGAACCAGUAAAGCUAAUCAGGCUGACAAGAAUAGUCCAAACACUCCUAGUGUCAAAACAGUCGAGUCAUCAAAUGCAAGAAAUACUGGAACUAGUAAAGCUAAUCAGUCUGACAAGAAUAGUCCAAACACUUCUAAGGUCAAACAAGACGAGUCACCAAAUGCUGGAACCAGUAAAGCUAAUCAGGCUGGCAAGAAUAGUCCAAACACUCCUAGUGUCAAAACAGUCGAGUCAUCAAAUGCAAGAAAUGCUGCGGGGGCAACAAAUACUGGAACCAGUAAAGCUAAGCAGGUCGACAAGAAUAGUGCAAACACUCCUAGUGCAAAAACUCGUGAAGCAUUUGUUUUUGGCGACGACAAGUGCAUCAUUUGUCCGUGGGCUGAAUGCAAUCUUGGUGAUUGGAUUAGUGGUUGUGAACGCAGCAUUGAAGAGGACCUCGACACCCUGACAUCCAAAAUUGCCGAACUGAAGGGCGAACGGACGAAGCUUGUCCCAAUACUGGCUUUUCACACGGAGAACGAAAGAAAAAAACUCACUAAAGACUACGAAAAUAAAGAGAAAAUCAAACUGUGGGAGAAGGUAGAAGAAAUGUUCGUUGGGCCAGGUGAAAGGUUCAAGAAAACUAUGGUGGACCUGGCAAAACCCUUAGACGAGGUUUACGCUGAUCAGUUGCAUUAUAUACUGACUAAAUUGCUGGAACCAAGGUUGACAAAUCAUCCCUAUUUGAGCUUUGGAAAAACUUUCCCACAAAAGGUGGCGGCGCGGAAAGAUUUGAUACAAAUAAUCAUAACUCUUACACCUUGUCUUAUGCAAAAAGUCAGAAAUCUUUAUAAGGAAAAGUAUCGCGUAGAACUUGAAGAUCACAUAGACAGAACGUUGUCAACACAUCAAACUAAAGAAAAAAGAGCAAUGGGCAGAGAUUAUAUCGAUUACAUUAAGAAGCUUGUCACACGGACGUCAUAUGUGGAUGGGUAUGUCAAAAAAAAAGUAACACGCCUUCUGUUAGACGAGAUUUUCUUUAAACUUUCUCUUCCCGGAAUAAAGAUACUUGUUGAAAAACUAGGAGUUGAUAACAUUAGGAGCACCUUUAAUAUAUACAGCAUGUAUGACACUGAAUUGCAUGCAACUAUCCUGGACAUAGCAGUUAAACAACAGAAGUUUUUUGCGGAAGAACUACGUACAUUAUUAAAAGAAAAAAAAGUUGACGACGUAAAAUUCAUCAAUUUGAUAAGAGGCCACUUUGGAAUUGAUCUAAAGGAUAUCAUAAAUAAGUACGACGAAGAGAGCUUAAAAAAAAAUCCAUUGGAAGAUCCAUUGGAUGUGGCGUUUGGAAAUACCCAGACAACUAAAAAGCAUUACUACAACGCGAUGAUUGCGCUGUUCACUGGUAAUACGAAAACCCUGGGAGUCUAACACGCACAAUGAUUGAUAAAGUGAUUCUUACUGUUAUUUGAGUCUUAAAAAGGAUAAAACCUUCUACUGUAUGCCAAUAACAAUUCUGAAGAAACUCCACCGGCAUUCUAUACUAACGAAGACGUUACAAAAUUAUUCUAUCAAUAGUGUGUGUGUGUGUGUGUGUGUAAUUUUAAAUAUUUUCAUCAACGUUUAAACUCAGAAUUUUUUUUCUUUUGAUGGAUUUAUUUAAUUUCUCGUACUUGCUAUAUUAAUCAUCAUUUGUAUUUGUAAAUAAUGGUAAGAACACGAAAUGAGGCAAUUAAAGGUAAACAAUUUUAAAUUGUUAAAUGUUAUGUCCCCAAUUGACUUUGAAAUGUACAAGUAGAAUGUAUAUUGUAUUGUGAUUUAUGAGCUUUUUAGAUGUACUUCGAGUUGAUUACGUUUUAAAGCGUUAAUACUGACAAGUUUUUAUUUUAUUUUACUAUAUUUGAUGCAUACAAGUAUUUCUUGCAAUUUUGCUAACUUUAAGAUAAUCUGUAUAGCCUAUUGAUGGUAUAACCAAAGAGAAAAUCGUCCGCUUUAAAAUACAUCGUUGUGUUGAAAAGCAAUUCAUGUACUGUAGAUGUUUUUACUGGAGUUAUCUUGCAAACGGACACAUACUCUGUGUAUUAUAUGAGUAAAAUAUGUAUAUUUGUUACGUUGAUUUCGGAAUCAGCAGCAAUAA